AUGUAUCCAAGUAGAAAUCACGACUCAGCUACAGGAAAGACCAGAGAUAUUUGGCCGUGGGAUACAGAUAAACUGCUUCAAACUGAGGGCCAACAAAAUGAAGUGACUGGAAAAUCAAGACAGACUACGACAACUAGACGUAAAGUUAUCAAACUGGAUCAUGAUAGAUAUCAAGAAGCAGACGUGAAACAGAAGUCAAGAAAAUCAGAACGAGGCUAUGGAACAGAACAUGGUGCAGAUUCAAGGGGGAUAACUAGGAAACCAUAUCAAACCAAUGGUGAUUUAGACUUGAUCAUACAGGACAGAAAGGAAGAACAUCGGAAAGUAAUAGAAACACAACGUCAGAGAUUACGGGAAGUGAAUACAGAAGGAUCUUAUUUAGACAAUGUGCCUCCAUCUCAUACCGUUUCCCAGAAUUCCAUAGGAGAUUUGACGGACAGUCGUGCUUUACGUGAAACAGAAAUACGAUUUUUGAACGCCCAGACACCUGUUCCGAGAGACAAUGUGAAGAAAAGUAGAGAGCCGAAACUUACAUACGUGGACGUACCAUUUCCAGGACAACAUAAUAAUAAUGCUCCAUCAAAUCACCACGGUAAUAAGGAUAUACCUGUAACCAUGGAUACUGGAAGUGCCGAGAGUUCAGACCAGAAUAAUCGGAUACGACGUAAAAAGCGAGGAUUGAUUGCUGAUCUUCCGGAGAAUAAUGGUAAGUGA